AUGUCCUUGGAAGAAGAUUUUGAAGAAAUAUCGAUAGACAGAAGAGAAGUUAAAAAGAUAUUGCUUAUCGGCAGAACAGGAGGUGGCAAGUCUACUCUAGCUAAUGUUCUGGUUAAAAAAGAUCAACAAUUUUCAGUAAGCAGUUCAAGCGGUAGUUUAACAAAAUCAAUCCAAUCGGAGAUUUUCGAAGAAAAUGGAAUAAAAUACCAAAUAAUUGACACCAUUGGCCUUUGUGAUACUGCGAUGUCAAAAGAAAAAGCAAUUAGUGAACUUGCCGAAACUUGCCAAAUGUUAAAAGGAGGUUUAUACGAAAUUUUCUUGGUAACUGGUGAUAGAUUUACUGAAGAAGAAAGACAGAUGUAUGAUACAUUGAAAGUAACAAUUUUUGAUCAUAAAUUUGUUCAUUAUACAACUAUUAUUCGCACAAAGUUUCCGAAUUUUAUUAAUGAAGAAGAUUGUAAAAAAGAAGAAGAAAAUUUGAACCGAACUAAUCCUGAAUUUUCAAGAAUAAUUAAAGAAUGUAAAAACAUUAUUUUUAUAGAUAAUCCUCCUUUGACUGGAUUUCCUAAUGCCGUUAACGCAAAUAGAGAAGUACGCGAGUAUUCAAGAAAAAAAAUUAUUGAAAGUCUCGUUUUUAGUUGUGAAAAAUACUAUCCACCUGCCUUAAAAGAAAUAAGUGAAAAGGUUGUUACUUAUUUUACUGAAAAAGUGAAGUUAGAAAAAGAUUUAGAAGAAGCAAAGAAUGCAAAACACUUGAGCGAUGAGGAAAUAAAAGAAAAGGAGAGAAGAAUAAAGGAACUUGAAAAAGAGAUAGAAA